CUUAACAAUCUCCUAAUCUACACACUUUUUUGGUUUUCAUUUAAUAUAUAUUUCUAAAACUCCUCUACUUAACCGCAGAUUUUGAAGGCAAAAUCAGCACUGCCUGUAGUUUCAUCAAUUCAUUUAGCACCAAAAGGAGAAAAUGGCUGGUGCUGACAGGGUGAAUCAUCAAAACCAAGAACUUGUAGCAACUGGUAAAUUGUGCAAGGCAGUGCCAGUAGGGGAGUCAAUGAGGAGGCAACGAGGCAGGCCUGCCGGGUCAAAAAACAAGCCAAAACCACCUAUCAUCAUCGCCAGAGACAGUGCAAAUGUGCUCAAAGCACACGCAAUGGAGGUCAGCUCUGGGUGCGAUGUGAACGAGAGCCUACUGAGCUUUGCCAGAAGAAAGCAGAGGGGAAUAUCUGUGCUAAGCGCAACAGGGUGUGUGACCAAUGUGACGUUGCGACAACCAGCCUCUUCUGGGUCCAUUGUGACACUCCAUGGGAGGUUUGAAAUCCUGUCGUUGCUGGGGUCGAUUCUCCCCCCUCCAGCCCCACCAGGGGUCACAGGGCUGACAAUCUACCUAGCUGGGGCUGGAGGGCAGGUGGUGGGGGGGUGCGUGGUGGGGACGCUCAUCGCCUCGGGCCCCGUCGUCAUCAUGGCUGCAACCUUCUUGAAUGCCACUUUCGACAGGCUGCCGUUGCAUGACGAUCAACAAGUCAUUUCAGCAGGGGCCAACAAUCAUCAGCACUACCACCACCAAAACAACCAUCAGAGCAUUGAUGUUUCUGACAUGUACGGACUGCCGCAGAAUCUGAUCACCAGUAGCGCUUUACACCCCGUUGAGGUCUACACUUGGGCACCACCCAAGAACUUGUCAAAACCAUAGAUGAUGAAACAACCCAGAAGUUAAUGAUGAAUGAUAUCAUGAAGCUAUCUCUAGUCUUUUAUUUGCUUAAUUGAUUCUACUUCUCACACAGAAUUGUAAGUUAAUUCUCUACAAAUUUUACAGUCACCAUUCAGAUGUUCAACUAAAUGCAUGUGUACUUU